ACAUUAGUAGGUGAUGAUUUGGCAUCUUGCAAAGAUGAGACCGAUGAAAGCUCAAAAGAAGAAACUGAGCCUGAAGUUCUAAAGUUUAGAGUCACAUGCAACAGGGCCGGAGAGAAACAUUGCUUUACUUCAAAUGAGGCUGCAAGAGAUUUUGGUGGUGCUGUUCAAGAGUAUUUUAAGUGGAAGGCUGACAUGACCAACUUUGAUGUGGAGGUUCUUUUGAAUAUCCAUGAUAAUGAAAUUGUUGUGGGCAUUGCAUUGACUGAAGAGAGUCUCCACCGAAGAAAUAUCACACAUUUUGGACCUACAACUCUUAGAUCAACUCUUGCCUAUGGGAUGCUCAGGCUCUGUGGUCCUCUACCUUACGAUAUAAUAGUUGAUCCAAUGUGUGGAACAGGAGCAAUACCAAUAGAGGGGGCUACAGAAUGGUCUGACUGUUAUCAUAUUGCUGGUGAUAAUAAUCCACUGGCUGUGAAUAGAGCAGCAAAUAACAUCGCAUCUUUAUUAACCAAGAGCCAAGUUAAAGAAGGCAAAUCAUCCUGGGGCUUGCCCAUAGAUGCUGUUCAGUGGGAUAUCUGCAAUCUGCCAUUGAGGACUGGCUCUGUGGAUAUUAUCCUAACAGAUUUGCCCUUUGGUAAAAGGAUGGGCUCCAAGAAGAGAAACUGGAACCUUUAUCCAGCGUGCCUACGUGAGAUGAGCCGUGUCUGUACACCUACAACAGGCCGAGCUGUGCUACUUACUCAGGACACGAAAUGCUUUACCAAGGCUUUAUCUGGAAUGCGACAUGUA